AUGGCGCUCGACCAAUGCGAGCCUUCGGUGUCGUACACACCCUCCGACGACGGAACCGCUAUCACUCACGUCGUCGUCACCGCAGCCAACCAGGCAUGCAGUGUCGUCGUCCCUGUCACAAUCCCUUCCGGCAGCGCCACUGCUGCUGUCGGCUCUAUCGCCAGCGACCAGGUUGGCAGUGAGCCUCCCAUCCAGUGGGUCACCCUCAACGGUGGAGCCGCAACAGUUACGCUCAACCCCCCAAUUAGUAUUUGA